AUGACAACUGCUACUUUCAAUUACAUCAAUCCAGAGUCUUAUGAUGCCAAUGCAAUUGAGCCCUUCAAGAAGCCCUGGGGCAAAGUUGAUGGGCCUGGGUAUUCAUACAAACUUCUGGGCGUCGAGCGCCCAGUCGAGAAUAUUCGGGGCAAUGAAUCUGAGUUCACAGUCGACAACGCUGGCUUCGCCAUCUAUAAAGAGCCUUCGAAUGAAAAAGAAUUCACCAAUGAUGAGAAAGUAAAAUCUGAAUAUUAUGCCGAAAUCGAGGCGCUUCUUCGGAAAAAAUUGCUCGGCGUCAAGAAAGUUGUCGUCUUCGACCAUACCAUCCGGAGAAGAGUAAAGGGAUCCGCACGCAGCCCUGUCCAACUCGUUCAUGUGGACCAGACACCUGGUGCCGCAGAAGUAAGAGUGCGUCGCCAUGUGCCCGAGGAUGAGAUUGAAACCUUGCUGAAAGGUCGAUACCAAAUCAUCAACGUUUGGCGACCAAUUCAGAAUCCAGCGUCUGAUCAUCCCCUGGCUGUGGUGGACUGGCGCAGCACGGAACCUUCGGAUUUUGUCAAAGUUGAUCUGCUUUAUCCGAAAAAUGCAGAAGAGCUUGGAGAGGUGGCUCCGGAUCCCAAUUCGGCAGACUCGACGGUCGGAUAUAAGGUAAAUGGGGAGACGUAUGCAGUUGCACCCUCUGGAAAACACCAAUUCUAUUAUGUCAAAGACAUGACACCGGAAGAAGUGAUGUUUAUCAAGUGCUUCGAUUCACGGAGUCGUACUAUUACCGGGGGGCAAACAAAUAUCGCCCAUGGCGCCUGCCAUACGGCCUUUUUUGACCCCCAAACUCCUGCCGAUGCCCCUGGACGCCAGAGUAUCGAAGUGCGGUGCUUGGUUUUCUAUGACUAG